AUGCGGCAGCUUCCUCAAGCCGAGUACAAGGCCUUUCUUGCUGGAUUGAGGACCGUUUUAGGCAUGGGCGCCUGGGACGUAGAGAUUUACUCAAAUUCUCAGCUGGUUGUUAAUCAAGUCCAGGGCAGCUUUGAGGCUCAGGAUUCUCUGAUGAAAGCAUACUUGCAGGCGGUAAAGCAAAUCAUGAACAAGUUUUGUACGAUGAAGGUAGCCCAAGUGGGCCGGGCACAAAACAGAAACACUGACUCCCUAGCUACGUUAGCGUUGUCAAUGACGGAAGAGGUGCCUCAGCUAAUCAAAGUGGAGCUUAUAAGGGAGCCAAGUAUUAGUAUCGCAGAUAACGUUAGUACAACUGGGGUCGAUGUUGCCAUGAUUUCAGCAACCAGGCCAUGUUGGAUGGACCCGAUCAUUGACUUCUUAGCCGAAGAUCGAGUUCCAGACAAUGAAAAAGAGGCUAAUAAGAUUCGUCGAGUGGUUGCUCGGUAUUGGUUAUCAGCAGAUCGCAAGUUAUAUCAGAGGUCUUUUGGGGGACUGUACCUCUCAUGCUUGCACCCCGAGAAAGUAAAUGAGCUUUUGUUCGAGUUGCAUAAUGCAGUGUGUGGCAGUCAUGUAAGGGGGCGCUCAUUAGCACACCGAGCAAUGACUCAGGGAUUUUGGUGGCCGCAGAUGCAAAAAGAUGCCGCUGAAUAUGUGCAAGCCAAGGCUUUAGCUAAUAUCCGAGAUGUAGACGUCAAGAAGUUUGUGUGGAAAAACAUAGUUACGAGAUUUGGGGUACCGGACUCACUGAUAUCAGAUAACAUAUUUCAAUUUGACAAUAAAGCUUUUCGCGCUUUUUGUAGUGAUCUUGGCAUCAAAAAUAGGUAUUCCACUCCAACGUAUCCGCAGAGCAAUGGCCAAGCUGAAGCUACCAACAAGGCAAUCGUCAACGGGUUGAAGAAAAGAUUGGACGGUGCAAAGGGAAUGUGGGCAGAAGAGCUACCUAACGUUUUGUGGGCUUACCGAACAACUCCCAGGAGGUCCACAGGGGAGACUCCGUUCUCCUUAACAUACGGGGCAGAAGCCAUGAUGCCAGCCGAGGUGAACUUAUGCAAUGCACGAGUCACAGGAUUUGACCCUGCCUAA